UCGUUUCAAGCGCGCGCAUCCAUGUCGUCAAAUGUGUCAGUCUGCCGAGGAGCUGCGUGCCUUUGAUGGACUAUUCAGUCUUUAGAAGACUGAACGUGAAUUCAUGCCGACAUUCAGCCGGUCCAGGAUAUAUCUAACGCGCACACAGCCGGGAUGGAUUCGUUUAACGCCAGCGGGAUGGACGCGUUCACGGUGAUCCAUCUGAAUUCCUCCUGGAGCCUGGACAGUGGAUAUUCUUUAGCAGCGAUAGCCGGCAUCGCUGCUCUCGUAAGCUUUCUCAUUCUCUUUACAGUUGUUGGGAAUAUUCUGGUGGUUAUUGCGGUGUUGACAAGCAGGGCGCUGAAAGCCCCCCAGAACCUUUUUCUGGUGUCUCUGGCCACCGCGGACAUCCUUGUCGCCACUUUGGUGAUGCCGUUUUCUCUGGCGAAUGAACUUAUGGGCUACUGGUAUUUUGGAAAAGUUUGGUGCGGUAUUUAUCUGGCUUUGGAUGUUUUGUUCUGCACUUCUUCUAUUGUUCACCUGUGCGCAAUAAGCCUGGACCGGUACUGGUCUGUUACGCAGGCUGUAGAGUACAAUCUGAAGCGGACUCCCAAACGCAUCAAGUGCAUCAUCUUAAUUGUGUGGCUUAUAUCUGCCUUCAUCUCAUCUCCACCUCUCAUAUCUAUAGACAGCAACAAUGAUAUCAGCUCUCAGCCUCAGUGCGAGCUGAAUGAUGACACUUGGUACAUCCUCUCCUCCAGCACCGCGUCCUUCUUCGCUCCGUGCUUAAUCAUGAUCCUGGUGUAUAUCCGAAUAUACCAGGUGGCCAAAACCAGAACCAGAACCAUGUCGGGGAAAACCCCCAGGCCAGAUGGUGUUACACAAACUGAGAAUGGACUGAGCAAAGCCACCUCCCAUUUCCAUGGCGAGAGAGAAAACGGCCACUGUCAGUGUCCGCCUACGCCCAGCCAACGCACCGUCACCAUCGGGCCACAGACUGAGGAUGCUGACAUGGAGGAGAGCUCCUCCUCAGAGGGCAAAGGGCACAAAGCUCAGGGCCAGGACUCCCCGAGAGUGAAGAGGGCCAGCCAAAAGAAAAGAUCCCCUUCCAAACAAUCCACUCGAAUCUCCAGAGUCAGUAACAAGUCAAUGGACCUCUUUGCCUCCAGGAGGAAACGUCGCCGAGGCUCCUUUGCCAGGAAAAAAGUCUCUCAAGCUAGAGAAAAGAGGUUUACAUUUGUCCUGGCUGUGGUUAUGGGGGUGUUUGUUGUGUGCUGGUUCCCCUUUUUCUUUAGCUACAGCCUGUACGGCGUGUGCAGGGACUCCUGUAGGAUCCCUGACCCGCUCUUUAAAUUCUUCUUCUGGAUUGGCUACUGCAACAGCUCCCUCAACCCUGCCAUCUACACCAUCUUCAACCGGGACUUCCGGCGCGCCUUCCAGAAGAUCCUCUGCAAGUCAUGGAAAAAGUCUUUUUAGAUCUGAGGCAGAGCUGCUGCACCAC